AUGUGUGUGUGUGUGUGUGUGUGUGUGUGUUACAGUCUGUCCCGUACAGCCUGCCCAGUCUCUGGCUCGCCCGCGCGCCUGCUUCAGAGCUGUAGCCGCUGUAGUUGGGUAAACUCCAUGGCUGAAGGCAGUCAGUCAGCCGGGGGGAGACGGCGGCUCUGAAUACCCGCGGAUUAAACACGCGCUGUGGGCUACUCCGGAGGGAAUUACGGGAAUUAUUACUCGGCGGAACCGAAAGCUGGGGAGGGAGGAGUGUUGUUUCUAUUUUAGCGAGAAACAAAGAACAAACCCGCUCUGUUUUAGUGAAUCUUCUUCUUCCUCCAGUCAGGUAACGAACCACAACAAACUCACUCGGCGGCGCGGUUUCCAUUAGCAGGAGAAACACGCUGAGAGAGAGAGAGAGAGAGAGCUGGGCGGGAAUGGCUUCGUCUCCCUGUAGCAGCAGCAACAGUGGUGGCAGUAACUUUGACUGCGGACUUGAAAUCAAAACUCGGUCUGUGGAGCAAACACUCAUCCCGCUGGUGUCUCAGAUAACCACACUGAUAAAUCACAAAGACAAGCUAAAGAAGACAGAAAAGACACUGCGGGCCAUUCAGAAGGUUGGCCAGGCGGUCAGUGUUGCUGUGGGCCGCUUUGUGGCUGUGGGAGAAGCAAUUGCACUAGAGAAUGAAGAACUAAAGGAAGAGAUGGGCCAUGCCUGCUUUGAGGCCCGGAGAGCAGGUAUGGCUAUUGCACAGCUGACAGAUGUAUGUGGGGCGGAGCAGAGUGAAUCCGAUGGGCGUGGCACAGUGUUCAGUGACAGGACGGGCAUGGUGAAGGCUGCCCGCAUGCUGCUCUCCUCUGUCACCAAAGUGCUGGUGCUUGCUGAUCGCAUCGUCAUCAAGCAGAUCAUCAGCUCCCGCAACAAAGUGCUGGUGACACUGGAGCAGUUGGAGCAAGUCAGCACCUUUCAGGAGUUUGUGCAGAUCUUCAGUCAGUUUGGUAAUGAGAUGGUGGAGUUCGCCCACCUCACAGGAGACAGACAGAACGACCUGAAGGAUGAGAACAAGAAGGCGCGAAUGGCUGCAGCCCGUGCUGUGCUUGAGAAGUGCACCAUGAUGCUCCUCACUGCUUCCAAGACAUGUCUCAGACACCCAGACUGUGAGUCUGCACGGAUCAACAAAGAUGCUGUGUUCCAGCGAAUGCGUCUGGCUCUGGACCAGGUCAUAGAGAUUGUGACUGAUGCCCGGACCAGUGGUGAAGCCAAAACAUUGCCCAUCAGCAUCUAUGCUGGGAUUAAAGACUUCAAGGGUAAGGUGGAGGGUCUAAGGGACUCUCUGUACUGUGUGCCAUGUGAAGCUGUUGCAGCACAGCUGGAGGCCUUGGUGGAGCAGACUGAAGAUUUCACAGAUUCGGCCUACACCAGCCACGAGCAGCGAGAAGGCAUACUGCAGCUGUGCCACAUAACACGCCAAGGAACCCAGCAACUCCUCUCCACCUGGAGUGAGGCGCAGUCGCUCAAAGCCAAAGAGGUGACGGAGGAAGUGGAGCUGGCCAUUCUGAAGACCUGUCAGAGUGUCAGUGAGCUCAGGCGAGAGCUCCAUAAGGUAGCAGUGGGUAGAGCCAGUGAGCUGCUGAAGCUGCACUCAGAUCACCUGGUGCUGCAGGCUUUGAAGGCAGCUGGGAGCGAGGGGAACCUGGAGGCAGUAGCUGAGUAUGGGCGGACACUGACCGAGCAGAGGGAGCAGUUGGUGGAGACCUGCCGACUGCUGUGCCACAUCUCGGGAACAGAACCACUGGAGAUCACCUGUAUCCAUGCAGAAGAGACCUUCCAUGUCAUCGGCCCACAGAUCAUCUCAGCAGCACAGACGCUGGCCCUGCAUCCGAACAGUAAGAUAGCUAAAGAAAACCUGGAUGUGUUCUGUGAGGCCUGGGAGUCGCAGCUGUGUGACAUGGCCGUCCUGCUGAAAGAGAUCAACGAUGUUUUUGAAGGCCGCAGAGGUGAUAAAAGAACAUACCUGUCAUUACCCAGAGCAGUGAAGCACUCGACUAAUCUGAAGACGGUAAAGGCUGCCAAGCUUGAUGCAGAGGAGCAGACCACCAUUGCUAAACUGGGGCUGGAACUUCGACUGCUCACCUCAGAUGUAGACUCGGAGCUGGAACGCUGGGAGGAGCAGGACCAUGACGUGGCGCCUCAGUGUCAGAGCAUGUCCAGCGUGGCUUACUCCAUGUACCUCUUCACCAGGGGGGAGGGUCUUCUGAAGACUACGUUGGACCUGUUCCACCAAGCAGAGGUUCUAUCAGAGCAGGGUCUCCAGUUCUGCUCCUUCCUACAGUCCUUGUCCACACAGCUGGGGGACGAGGAGAAAAUGCUGCUGCUGUCGGAGACAGAGAAGUUGGCAGCCUGCUGUCAGCAGCUGCAAGUCUGCGCUAAGACACCUGUCCAGGGGAAGAGUGCUACCUUUCAGAAGGUGGACUCAUCCAUACAGAACACCAAAGGCAUUGUGGCAGUUUUGGUCUCUCUCCUGCCACUGUGUAAUAAGCUCAUCAAAAAGUGUAAAUCACAGCGCAGCAGUCAGGGUUCACCACAGCACUGGAGAGAGAGGCAGCUCGGCACUCCAGUUAAAGAGGACGCUCUGAACGGCAAGGGCUCUAAUGGUUUCGGAGUCAAAACCCUGGAACAACACAUGGCCAAUAUGACCUUCCUGGAGACCAAGUAGCUCUGGGAUCUUUUAGCCUCCUCUAACCUGUCCUGGAGUACUAUUAUUAUUCCACAUGCUCUCACUCACGCAUCGCAGUGUACUCGCCCACUCUGUGCCUCUGUAUGUGCUUUAGCCCAUAUGUUUUGUGGUGUACAGUAGCUGUUAGCACUCCAGCCUCACACCUCACAAAAGCCCCUUUCACACACACACAAAAAACUUUUACCAGUGACAUUUUAAUUUGUAUCAUUUACACAGAACUCACAUGCUCAUUAAGAAUGGGACCUUCUUAAUAUGAAAGAGCAUCAUCUCUCUUAUGGUCAGAAAACUAAAAACACAUAUGUGCCACACAUUUAGCAACAUGUUGCUCUGCUGGUCAUUCUGCAUUGUUUUUGUGCAAAAGUGACCAGACAUGCAAACAGGGUAUGUUUUAUUCACUACUCUAGAAGAAAAAUAAAUUUCAAGUUUUUUUUUAUUUUGACAGUUUAAUCCCAACUGUCUAAAUAAGCUCAGAAGAGAUCUACUUGCAGUGGCAUGAAAAAGUGUGGGAGCCCCUGGUCAAAAUAUCUGUGAAUAGUUAAGUGAGCAAAAGAUGACCUGAUUUCCAAAAGGCAAGAAGUUAAAGAUGAAACUUUCCUGAAUAUUUUAAACAACUUUUUGCCAUUUGUUUUGUUUGCACCCCUGUAUGGUCUUUAAUUAUUAACACCUCUUCAACAUCUCACAGCUCAGUUCUAGUUUGGAGGAUUUUUACCUAUCCAACCUUUAAAAAGGUUAGUUCUUUCAGAUUUUUGGGCCCAGGGUCUGUGGAAAAGAGGGAUCAGUUAGGGGACUUAAACCUUUUGAUUACACCUGUUAAGGUACUUAGUAUUUUAUAUUUUUGGGCAUUUUUUUAAUCCUGCAUAACUUCAAGUGAGUUUAGCUGUUUCUUUGGAAUCCUCUGAUGUUGAAUUUGUGGUGAAGGUGCAAGAAAGGUAUUUUUCUUUUCUUUACUAAAAAUUCCUACAUAAAAGUCAGAGUAGAACAGUGAAAUACACACUACUACUUCUGCUACUGCUAAGAUUAACAUUUACAGGUCAAACAAGGUUUUUAAUUAGCCUUUUCUCAACCUAAUGAGCAGUCUUUUAUACGAAAGUUUGCAUGUUCGCCCAGACCUCAGCCUGACCUGCUUUAUUCCAGUGGACUGCUGCUGCUGCUUAAAUAUAUCACAAACUGAAGAAGCAGCGUAUUUUUGUGAAUUGUCCUAAAUUGGGCAAACCAGUUAAGGUCUAAACCUUGAUGAAAAAAAGUUAUCCGAGAAUAAGCAAUUUUGUUUUUUUACAAUACAAUUGUACAUUGCUUAAAAUGUUAAAAAUAUAUUUUAUCUUAACCAUUCAAUAGAACAAGGGUGGGUCUAGGGUUGCAGGUUGGGCGAGUUUGGUUUGUUUCUCUGUGCAGAUUUUCAUCUAGGCUCCCACUGAUACAAAAAGGAUGGGUGGUUGACCAUUUUAACCAAGGGUGACCAGACUUUUGCAUGAAACUGUAUUUUACAAUACUGUGUCAGGAAUUUUAAACCUGGCUCGCAUUAACUCAUGAACCCUUCCCAUUACUAGUAAAUACUCUGGUGAAAGUGCAUGUGUGAAAGGGGCUGUAUAAAUACACCAAAAACAAAGUAACACACACAAACACUCUCUCUCUCUCUUUCUCUCACACUCACACGCACCCACACACACACCCAUGCAUGUUAUCAGGUCAGUUCCAAACCAUCAUGUGUAGUGACUGCUGAACAAGUUACCGUUAAGAUGAAGUGUAUAAUUUAUCACCAUAUAUAUUACUGUGUUAACAGAAUAGCUUUUUUGAAAUGCAAAAAUUAGUCACCUCAGUUAUUUCAAUGUCGGACACACACUGUAUUUAAUGUAUCUGCCUCAUUUACACAUCAACGCCAAAUAUGUUCUGUAUUACGAUGAUCUCUCUGUACUGAGCUCGCAGAAAGACUGCCAGCACAAGGUUACAAGGCACCGUUCCUAAAUGGGCCGAGCAUUACUGUGUUUAAAAGGGCGUUUCCAAUGGGUCAUUUUCCAAAACAUAAAUCUGAAGGAUCAUACCAUGAUCCAAAAUUACGUUUACGGUAUUAAAACAGGAUUCUCCUUCUUUUCUUUUUUGUUGGGUUUACUUAUGGUGAGAGUGACUGCCAUAUGUCAUAUGGACUGCCCUGCCUGUAGGUCACUGUGAUAUGUAUUGUUACUUGAAACAUAAUGGAUGUCGAGCUCUGGUACGCUAUCUCCAAACGAUCAGAAUGAAGCUGGCACAUGAAAAUCAAUAGACUGGACUGGUGUGUACUUUAGAGCAAGUGGCUCAUUCUCUAUUUAGGGCACUGCAGAGCCUCAUGCUUCACUGAACAUUAUUUGGCCAUAUAAAACAAGCCGAGGUCUAAGCUGUUUCUGUUCAGGUGAGAAGUAUGUGAAUGUUCUGUUAGUGGAAGUAUAUAUAUAUAUAUAUAUAUAUUUGUUAAGACCUUGCUGAAACUUUUCUCAAAAGUACACCACAGUCAAAACCAUAAGCUUUAGAGAUGAUUGAGCAGCUAUGAACUUGAGUGGAAUUAGUUUUGGACCAUUGAUCCUUUUGACAGUGGAAUGACUGAUUGUUUAAACCAAGAAAAUCCUAAAUAUACAUUAUUUUUCUUAAA